CCUGAUAAUUAAUGCACGCACGCUAGCCCUUGCGCUUGCACCCCCAGGCCUUCCCAAAUCAAAAUCAAAAUCAAAAUCAAAAUCAAACUCUGCUUUUUUGAAGAAGCUCUGUUCAUUAAUGGUUUCUUCCAUUGUCGAUCCCCGCAUAGCAAGCUCCCGUUCGAGCUAAAAUCAUUGUAUAGGUCUCUGAAACUGGUCUGGGUCUUCUUGGUUCGUCGAAUUUAUCUACUGCAUUUGACGAACAAUGUCAUUCUUUGUGGGUUUUGUUAUUGGGAUCAGCUUCGGCAUUGGAGCGAUCGUCGCUUUUGCCCGUUUCGAAAGCAGCCGAUCCAGGCGUCGUUCGGAAUUGGCGACAACUGUGGCAGCUUUUGCAAGAAUGACAGUACAGGAUUCAAGGAAACUUCUUCCAGGGGAGUUUUACCCUCAUUGGCUUGUCUUUACACAGCGACAGAAGUUAACUUGGCUUAAUCUGCAACUUGAUAAGAUUUGGCCAUAUAUUGAUGAGGCAGCGUCUGAGUUAAUAAGAACAUCUGUAGAGCCAGUUCUUGAACAGUAUAAACCUUCCAUCUUAUCUUCCCUCAAGUUCUCCAAGUUGACUCUUGGUAAUGUGGCUCCACAGUUCACAGGAGUUUGUGUUCUUGAAGGCGGAGUAGGGGAAAUCACCAUGGAGUUGGAGGUGCAGUGGGAUGGGAAUCCAAAUAUUGUACUGGAUAUUAAAACUAAAUUUGGCGUGACACUACCCAUACAGGUCAAAAAUAUUGGUUUCACUGGGGUUUUCAGGUUGAUCUUCAAACCAUUAGUUGAUGUGUUUCCUUGUUUUGGAGCUGUUGCUUACUCCUUGAGAGAAAAAAAAAAGCUGGAUUUUACACUUAAAGUCAUUGGUGGAGACAUCUCAUCAAUCCCUGGGAUUUCUGAUGCUAUUGAGGAAACAAUUCGAGAUGCUAUUGAAGACUCUAUAACAUGGCCAGUUCGAAAGAUAGUACCCAUAAUAGCUGGAGACUACAGUGACUUGGAGUUGAAGCCUGUUGGAACAUUGGAGGUGAAGCUUGUGCAAGCCAAGGAAUUAACUAAUAAAGACAUCAUUGGGAAAUCUGAUCCUUAUGCUGUGUUAUUCAUACGUCCACUACAUGCCAGAACAAAAACCAGCAAAACAAUUAAUAAUGAUUUAAAUCCGAUAUGGAAUGAGCACUUUGAGUUCAUAGUCGAAGAUGCAUCUACUCAACACUUGACAAUAAGAGUUUUCGAUGAUGAAGGGGUUCAGGCUUCUGAACUCAUUGGCUGUGCUCAAGUGCCACUGAAGAACCUUGAACCUGGUAAAGUGAAGGAUGUGUGGCUAAAACUGGUUAAGGAUUUGGAAGUUCAAAGAGAUACUAAAUACAGGGGUCAGGUGCACUUGGAGCUAUUAUACUGCCCUUUUGGAAUGGAAAAUGGGUUUACAAACCCUUUUAACCCCAAUUAUUCAUUGACCUCUUUGGAGAAGGCUCUUAAGGCUGGGGAUGAAACUGCUGCAGGUGAUAUUGGAAAAACCGCCAAACAAAAGAAAAGGGAUGUCAUAGUGAGAGGUGUACUUUCUGUCACAGUGAUAUCAGCCGAAGAAUUGCCUGUUGUAGAUGUAAUGGGAAAGGCUGAUCCAUUUGUUGUCAUCCGAAUGAAGAAAACAGAAGUUAAAAACAAGACUAGGGUUAUUACUAAUAGCUUGAAUCCUGUUUGGAAUCAAACAUUUGACUUGGUUGUGGAGGAUGGGUUGCAUGAUAUGCUAAUUCUAGAAGUUUAUGAUCAUGACACUUUUGGGAAGGAUUAUAUCGGGAGGUGCAUCUUCACACUCACUAGGGUCAUACUAGAAGGAGAGUUUAAGGACAGCUUCAUCCUAGAUGGGGCUAAAUCAGGAAAGCUGAACUUACAUCUGAAAUGGACUCCACAGCCAAUAUACCGGGACUCGUAAUUGAUGAAAGACUUGCCAUACUUUGCAUGACUGACUUGCUUCUAUGAUUCUGGCAUGUCUUCCUCCAGACAAGGGCAUGAAAAAAUUAUGCUGCCUGCCCAUCUGUAAUUAAAAAUUUGAGGAAAUAUAUCUAAGGCCAGUCAUUGCUUGGCAUAUACAGGGAUUUGGAUAUGCUUAUUCUGCUAGAGCUGCAGGGAAAUUUUUUGAUAUCACACGUAGAGUUCACAUUUUUUAACCUUGAAUUUGUCAAUCAUUAUACUUCUGCUAUUGUAGAUAUGGAAGAAGUUGGAUAGAUUAAAUUGAGGGGGAUAUUUUUUAUAUAGCAGUAUAUAUUUGGCUUCAUGUAUACACUGCAGGACCUUUCUUGAUAAAAUUUUCAUAUAUUCACA